AUGCAACGGUCUUAUAUACAAAAACCCUCUGAGUUUUGUAAUCAUCCUAAAAAUGGUGUCUGCCCAAGAUGUAGUUUAAAGGCAUCCUUUGAUAAUAUUGAUGAAAAUAGGAAAGAUGAAAUAUAUAAUAUAACUACAAAUAUUUCAACACAAUCAACGUCAUCAUUACUAAGAUUUUUUGAUUCAACAUUUUUUACUAUUCAUCAUGCAAUACACCAUCUUCAGUCAUCACUAGAUUCUAAUGCAUUAUUACAUCUUGGAAAUUCUUUAUUUAAAUUUCCCAAACAAUCUGUUGAUUUUUAUUUACCACAAUUAUUAUUGUUAUAUGUCAAUAAACGACAGGUUGCAGAACAUAUUCAUUCAUAUCUUAUGGAACGUUGUCAAGAAAGUAUUGAAUUUUCAGUCAAUUGUGUUAUUCUACUUGAAAGCUUUAAUACAGACAAUUGGAAGAUAAAUAGAUCAGGUUGCCGGGGAUACAAAUUAAAGCAACAAAUAUUAAAUGAAUUUUAUAGGAAUGGAGCAAAGUAUGAUCAAAUUCAUUUUAUUAAACCUACAGUAGAAUCAUUAGAAAUAAAUACAUGUGAAUGUAUUGAAGAAUUUGAUUUAUCUAAAUGUAAUCUUUUACAAGUAAUGAAAUAUGUAUGUGAAUGUGGUAUGAAAAAGUUUAGACCAGAAUUAGAAUUUAUUCAAAGUUUAAUAGGUAUUGGAAAUUAUUUAAAAGAAAUUCCAGCUGGAAUAGAACGUACAAAUAAAUUAUUUUCUAGUAUAGAUAAAUUAAAUGAAAAUUUACCUUCAAGGGUAUGGUUACCAUUAUAUAGUGAUACAACUCAUUUUAUUUUAAAAAUUGUUCCAAAAAUUGCAUGUGUAUUAAAUAGUAAAGAUAGGGCACCAUUUUAUGUUAUUAUGGAGGCUGUUGAAGUUGACAAUAUUUGUCGAUCCACUUUACCAAAUGAUGUUAUUAAUUUAUCUAUUAAUGAAUUAAAAGAAAAGUAUAAAAAUUAUGAUAAUGAAAAUGAUAUAUUUUCAAUGAAAAUAAAUGAAAGUAAUAUUGAUGAGGAAUCUAAACAAUCUUCAAUUUUUUCUGAAAGUUGGGAUUCAUUGUAUUCAAAAAUUAAAAGAGAUAGUAUUUAUUCAUUUUUACCUAAUUGGACAAUAUUACCUGUAAUUGUUAAAACGGGAGACGAUUUACGCCAAGAACUUAUAGCAUACCAAUUAUUAUGUUUAUUUCAAGAGAUAUGGACAUCAGAAUAUAUACCAUUAUAUCUUAAACCAUAUAGAAUAAAUGUCUUAUCAGCAGAUGCUGGUUUAAUUGAACCAAUUAAAAAUGCUAUAUCAUUACAUCAAUUAAAAAAAAAACUUAGUAUGGAAAAUGAAAAUGGUAUACCACCAACAUUAUUAGAAUAUUUUAUAACUAAAUAUGGAUCAAUUGAUACGGUGAAUUUUAUAAAAGCUAGGCAAAAUUUUGUUAGAUCAUGUGCAGCAUAUAGUUUAAUAUGUUAUUUUCUUCAGGUAAAAGAUCGUCAUAAUGGUAAUAUAUUAUUAGAUGAAGAUGGGCAUUUAAUACAUAUUGACUUUGGAUUUAUUCUUAAUCAAUCACCAAAAAAUCUUGGUUUUGAGACAUCUCCUUUUAAAUUAACACCUGAAAUUGUAGAUUUAAUGGGUGGACCAACAGGUGAAGAUUUUGAAGAGUACAAAUUAUUAAUGUUAAGAGGUUUAAUUGCAACCAGAAAACAUCAUGAUAGAAUUAUAUCAUUAAUGAAUAUUAUGACAAAUGACUGUCAAAUUCCAUGUUUUCGUUAUGGUCCUUCACUUGUUAAAGGAAUGUUAGAACGUUUUCACAUUUCUUUGACAGAUGAUGAACUUCAUGAGCUUAUAUUUAAUAUGGUAGAAUAUUCUAGAGGCUCACUUACAACUCGCCUAUAUGACAAUUUCCAAUAUUAUACUAAUGGUAUAUUAUAA